AUGGAAUCGAACAAGAUCAAUAGCGUCAGCUUUAAUCAAGACCAUAGCUGUUAUUGAAUAUCUACGGAUAAUGGAGUAGAGGUUCAUACUAUCAACCCUGAUGACAGACCUAGUAAGAUCCCUCUGGACGGAUCCAUCAUGAAGGCAUCUAUGUUAUAUAGAACCAAUAUAGUUGCAAUGGUAGGAGGAGGCACUAAUCCGAAGUAUUCCUCCAACAAGCUCAUCCUCUGGGACGACAAGGAGAAAGAAGUAGCAGGGGAGCUUACAUUUGGAUUCCGUAUCAGAAAUUUUGCGAUUAGAAGGGAUAUUAUUGCAGUCCAAUUUGAAGAUAAAGUCAUGGUUUUUGGAUUGAGAGAUUUAGAGCUACUAAAGACACAUAAGACUAGUAUGAAUUACUAUAACAUUUUGUGUCUCAACACGAAGACAAGUCUUCCUAUCAUCGCCAUGCUAGGGAGUAAGAGAGGAACAAUCAAGAUUCAUUUUCAUCAGAAUAAUACAGAAACAGAGAUUGAAUGUCACCAAGCAGAAAUUAGAGCAGCUUCUUUGAACCCAGAAGGGACCUUAUUGGCCACUGCUAGUACAAAGGGUACUCUUAUCAGAGUGUUUAACACCAAGGAUGGAGGAGAGCCUCUAAGAGAACUCAGAAGAGGAUCUGAAAAUGCUGAUAUUCAAUGACUUGCUUUUAGUAGCCUUUCCAUAUAUCUAUCUUGCACAUCUGAUAAAGGUACCGCUCAUGUGUUUACGAUCUGGGGAGACGAUGGAAUUUCUUCAGAUCUAGAUAAGUCUCGGAUGGAUCCUGCUGAAGAGGAGAUUACAUCUCAUCGGCAUAGUUUCCUAACCAGAACGGAUAAAGAUUUACAGAAGAAUAAGCACUCAAUGUUCAAAUUUAUCAAGAAAAUAAUCCCUUUCUUUUCGUCAGAAUGGAGCUUCAAGCAGGUUAGAUUAGGAGGAAGAAAGAACCAACUUACCAUUUGAGGGUUUGAAAAGGAAGAGGCUCUAAUCCUUGUAAAUAUCCAGGACGCAGAGAAGGGGACGGAUGAAUUUAAAUUUAGAAGAAUCCCUCUAGAAGACUAA